ACCAGCGCGACUGGUGGCAGCGAAACCCUGGGCAACGCUAUCAGGUGCAAGUAUGUCUGGGUCUGGACAGUUGUGAUGCUAAGAGCGAGUGCUAAGCGUAGGCGCACUGGAAGAAUACGCAGCCGAGCAUGUUGGCAAAUUCUUGGGCCGCUGUUUAUUGCGUAUUUUUCCGCAUGGCAAUAAACUGCGUUUUUGCAUCACAGGUCGUAAGUAGAGGACCUUAUUUUCCGUCGAUGCCGAUACGCAUCUUCACGGAGUCUCGUUGAGUACAUGUCACACAGGCUUGAGGACAUCAAAUCUAGCAAAAAUCUUCCAGACCCAGAUCGAUAAAUUUGCAUUCGAUAAACGCCACAACUCCGGCUGCACUAACACUACUCGCCACGGCUCGGGACACCUGGGUGAAGCGGGCCGACUGGAGCCAGCACUCCGGCUCCGCCUUCUGCCCCGUGUAUUUCAAGGAGGAGGAAGAGGAGAUCAUUGAUACUGUUGCCGAAGGGCUGCAGGAUGCAAAUGCAACGACCGCCGGGGGAGAUUCAACAAAUUCGUCCUCUUUCUUGUUGACGGGCCGAACGAGGCGAUCGUCCGCGACUAGUGGAUCUACUUUCUCUAUCAACUGCAAAAAUACCUGGAUGUCUGGAAGAAUGCCAGACUUGUCAUGCGAGUUUUCCAUGACCCAUGAGGCCUGGUAUGUAGGACAUAGCAUGACAGAUUCUGUGAGAGUUGUAUCAUGCCAAUCCUGCAUGAGAAACUGCCUCGCGAUUAGGUCAGAGGUGGACAGAUUUUGGUAAUGAUGCAACGCAAAUUUUUGCAUGAUUCAAAUUUAGCAUGACAAGUUGCUUUGUUCCAGACCUCCAGGGAUUUUUGGAUUUGAUAUUCUCCUUCGUGAAAAUCCAGGGCGCGGAUCUGAGCUUGUGUCCGCGGCAGAUUGCCUAUGAAUGUGCACAACUCCCCCUCCCCCUCAUUUGUCAUGCAAAAUGCCCAAUCCAGGCUGUGCCUCUUAGCCCUGUUUGCAUGACAAGUUCUGGCAGCUGCCCAAAUGGCACUACAAUCCUGAGUGCAAAUUUGAAUUUGUCAUGCACAGCCUGCAUUCUGGCUGGCGCUUGUAUAAUUGCCGUUCAUGCUACACAAAUGAGGGGGAGGGGGAGUUGUGAACUGUCAUAUUGCCGGGUCCGACAUGCUGUACAACAACGGCACGCAGACUUGGGAGAAAGUGGAACCGCAUUUGAACAGCACGACCCCCCCGCCACAGGCUGGGUCGUCCUUUCUGGAAGGUCUACUUCCAAGCAGCAGCAGUGAUGUUGAUGCGGCGUCCUCGUUUCUGUUCGAGGCGAAGAAGCUCGACAGCACAAAAAGAACUUCCGCCCGGAUGGAUUAUCAGGCCCUCGCGGAGCAGCGUCGGGGCGACCACGAUCAUGACCACGAUCAUGAUCACACGACGUACCAAAAUGCUAUGGCGUUCUCAAACGUUACAUUCUCAGCUGUUACAUGAUUGGUCAUGCAAAAUGACCAUGAGCCGCAAGACAAUCAAGCUGCUUCGCAUGACAAAUUGUCGAAGGGCUAAAUAGCAUCUAAAUCCAUGCCAAAUUUGUGAUGCAAGACUUGCAAGCUUGCCCCUUCCCCAAUUGCUGUUUUUGCAUGACAAAUCAUGUAACAGUUGAGAAUGUAACAGUUGAGAGCGCCAUAAAUGCCGACCAGAAGGCGAUGGCCAUGAGGAUGAGCCAGACAUCGGUCCGUCUACAACAAAGCAUAUGCAUUGCAAAUAUAUCUGGGUUUGGAAAUUUGUGUUGCUGACACUCGCAUUUUCAGAUUCAGAGGGUAGCCGCUUAUACGGCAUAAUAGCAUCAGAAGUUUGGCAAGGCUGGUUGCUGAUUCAUUCAUAAAACGCAUGACAAACUUCUUCCAGCACGACAAAAAAACUGGCGCAUCUUCGCAUUCAUGCAUUACAGAUCUUCCUGUCCUUCAAUUCUCGCAUCACAAAUCCAGACCCAGACAUAUUUGCAAUGCAUAAAGCGGCCAAGUGUUGUCCUCGGGAGGUAGUUCCGCGGAUAACAUGCAAAUGUUGAACUUCGAGGCCAUGAUUGUCCCCAAGCCUGAGGACGGAUUUUACAACCGUUACAUGUUGCAAUGGAACUCCCUGGUCUGUGAGCGGUUGUGCCAGGCGGAGAACAACCCGGGGUAUGGGGAGCAGCCGACCGUGCAGAAAUGCAAGUCCUUCCUCUUUUCCCCGCCCAAGAAGCGCGCGAACUCGCCCAUUGAAUGGCGGAUGUCGCAUAUCCAAGGAGAGAACUCUGUGAGUGUAAUAGUCUGUGAUGCAGAAAAUGCACAAGCGUAUACGAUUGUCAUGCUGGAUGUGCGUCAUAGGUCACUUUCAUGCGUGUUUUCACAUACUUACUACCUGCGCAUGACAGGUUCUCCCUGUAAUGCGAAAUCAAUUUGUGAUGCUGCUCUUCCUACACCUACACCUACAAAGUUACACUUACACAGUUUUUUUCCUGGAUAUCGCAGUGCUGGCUCAGUUCCAAGCCGAUGACGGAGUGGCAGCAUUACGAGGACAUGAAGCAGUUGCCCUGCUUUCAGCCGGGUGUACCGGAGGAGUCUGAUGGAGAGGACAAAUUUGUCGAGGAAGAUGACACUUCCAAGCCCCGCUGCGAAACUGUGUUGGAUAUGGAGACCGGAAAACCGAGUGGCGCUUGCCUUGAUGUGGACUGCGGACAAGGGUUGACGGAAGCAAGCCUGCACUUGCAGGGCGCGAAAGAACAGUGCGAGGGCACCGUGAUGGAGGGGCGGGAGGUACUUGCUUACUCAAUUACUAAUGAUUACGUUACGACCACUUCAGCACUUCUAGCUAGGGUUUAUGGACGAAGUCAACUUACAAAGGUUGAUCACGUACGUAGUAGAGGAGAUCUUCUUCAUCAUCUUCUAUAUCUUCGUCAUAAUGUGAAGUAGACGGACCGUGUGAGAAGAAAGACACAGGGCCUGUAGUUCAUGUUGUCGCCAGAAUCUGUCGCAUAGUAUGCAUUUUCUCUUCCUAAAAACAAACAGCCCACCGCCGAGGAGACGCAGCGGUCUGCGUGUUGCACCUUCCAGGCCAUGAAUCAGACGCAGGGGCAGUGCAAGCUGAAGAUGGGGGACCCGUCGGUUCGCGCCAUUGCGGAGCACUUAAAGGAGCUGGCCGAGCAAGACACUCUCGCGGGAGCUUCUGUAUCAAGUGCAAAAAUGUCUGGGUCUGGAAGAAUAUAAACUUGUGAUGCGCAUUUCAGAAGGAACACAGAAAAAUCUCUCAUGCGUAGGCAGCAAAAGUUGCCUACUUUCUGUCACCAAAGUCAGGGAUUUGCCAUGUGGAUGCGGCAUUGCGAACGCCUCGCGAAACCUGUGAUGCUAGAGCUUCCAUGCCAGACCUUCUGUGUCAUGCAAAAACUACAGCAUGACUCUUCCAGACCCAGACACUUUUGCGUUUGAUAUUCUAGUGCAGCGAACGACUACGACCUGGAAAAACAGCUGGGCAAGCUGGACAGCGCCGGGGCGGCUCCGCUCGUGGGAGCAUCUUCGAGCAUAUGAGAGUGCACAACCCCCCCUCCCCCUCAUUUGUAUAGCAUGAACGGAAAUACAAGCGUCAGCAAGAAUGCCGGUUUUGCAUGACAAAUUUCCACAGGAGUGUUGUGCUAUUUUUUGGGCUUCCGAAGUUUGUCAUGCAAACUGUGCCAAGAAAUACAGCCUGGAUUUGGAAUUUUGCAUGACAAAUGAGGGGGACGGGGAGUUGUGCACUGUCAUAGAGCAGCUCCUCUACUUCUUUCCUGCAAGCCGAGCUGUGGUCGACCAAAUUUCAGCGGUUUUACCAGGAGAAAUCCGCGGCGCUGUCGCGGAUGUUUUUAUGGGGCGAUCACGAUGAUGAUCAUGACCGCUCGUCUUCGAAACCGGCAAUCAAGAUUUCGAUUCGCCACCCGGGAGAGCAGGGGGACCAAAAAGCUGACGUGCUGGCCAAUUUAAGUGAGACCGAUGAAGGCAAGCCCGACCCGAGCGAACUUCUUGCCGAGGACGCCAAAGUUUGUUCGCCGGACAUCUGCGCGAGCCGCAGCUUCAAUGAAGCCACCUGCGAGAGUACCCAGGAAAAAAACUGUGUCAGCGUAAGAACUUUGUUGAGCAGCUGACAGCAUCACAAACUUGCUCUACAUGACAGGCAAAUCAAAGCCUGUCCUAUGCAUGGCUAGCGUGUGAAAAUGAAAAAACAUAAUUUAAUAUGUAUGAAAUCAAGGGUAAGGGGAAAACCUCGUGGCUGUCUGGCAUGAUAAGUUAGUGUAAAUAUUGUGCUAAGUACAUUCUUUAUUGCAUUUUAUAAACGUAGACUUUCACUACACACAGUUUUUUUCUUGCAUAGAGAGUCCUACGGAGAAUCAAUUCGUGCCGGCCGACCACCAGUUGGAAGACUCUCCGGAGAAGAACGUGCCACAUCAGCACGAGUGCUGUGAGUUCAUUUACCCGGGGGGUUCCACCCACCGGAGUGGGGAAGCUACCUGCCAGGAGGGGUUUGUCGAGAACCCAGAUUUCGACUCCACUCAAGACGAAUCGGUCGACAACCCCCGGUGUAUCGCUUCGAACAACUCGUCGACCCACGGACACGAGCACAAUGAAGAGGACUACGUGGACGAGACUCACAGCGGAAGCUGGCCGCUUGGCUACUUAACUGGCUGUGCUGCCUGCUGCUGCUACUUCUGCAUUGCGAUCGGAUGUAUCGCUAUCCCUCUCGUCAUUUGCUUGGUCGUCAUCCUCCUCGUCAAAGGACAGCAAACGCCGGCCCCAACCGCCGUUCCGCGGCAGCCGGGCGGCGCGCCGGGAGGCCUGUCACCGGUGGGUGCGAAGGCCCCCUCGCCCGGUUCGUCGCUGACGAAGCAGCUGACCUCCGCGCAAAUCACUGACGCACUGAAAUCCGGGGCCCUGGCCUCCAUGGGCCGCGUUGCACCUCCGACGUCCCCGGACCAGCAGACCGCCGACCCAGCAGCUACGGCACUCCUGCAACAGGAACAACAAUACCAGGUCGGAACGGACGGGCAACUCUUGGCGCCAGCGGACAUUGGGUCAACACCUACGUCCCCGCUGUACGGCCAAUCUGGCUCCUUUCCCCUGGGCACCGACCCGACACAGCAGGAGGUCAUCGCGCGGGUUUCGGGCACGCAAGAACAAGCUGGCGCACCAACCUCGCAACGGUCUUCAGGUGGUCCGGUGGGUGGAGAAGCGAUUAAGACCGGAAUCUUUGGCCGUCAGUCCAACCGGGCGUCAAACGCGCCGGUGACCCAGCAAAUCAUGGGCAGUCAGCUGCAGCAGCCGGGAGUUGGAGUUGAGGAGACUCAGCAGCCGGAGCAGUCGCAGCGAGCUUCGCAGGCCGCGCGCCGAUCGUCUGCAAAGGCCAAGCAGGAACCGAAGACGAGCCAGGGCGGCGGGGGCAUGUUUGAUGGAUUGUUGUGAGCAGGUGGUACUUUUUAAAAAAAAGUACGUCUAGCGGAGGAUGGAGGCGGUGGGCAGCUCUACUGACAUCGCUAACAAGAACUGCCGUGCACGUGCGUACCAUAGUGGUGGUCACUCCAGUCUUUAGCUUUACGAAAAUUUUUUUCUGCCUUCGGGCCCGACGUUAUUUUUAGAAAUGCGCACUAAGACUAAAUUUUCCUCACGCUUUUGGAUAGAAAAUGAAAAAGAAAAUGCAACGUCUGAAUAACCUCGACAUCAGUAUCAUGUUAUGAAAUCAACCUGCUGUCUACCGUGUUUCAUGGCGGUUCAAAAGGAAGCCCAGCAGCCUAGAAUUUUUACGAAUUUUUUUCCAUGUGCAAUUUUAUUUCAUACAUCAUUACCAAAUUCAACAACGUCAAAGUCGAUCCAAUUUUGAUGUUUUCCGAUUUUUAUUUGUUCAAAUUACGUUAUGUUCCAUAUCCAUGCAUAGUAUAUUCAGUUUUUUUUUUUCACGAAAGAAAUUUUUAGUUAGUUGCAACACGAGAAGGUGAGAAAUGUUUAAUUCCAAAACUACGAAAGCAUCUGACCGUAUCGUUUCAUACAUAAAGACGCACUAAUAUCAAGGUAUCCCCUUGAUAAUUAGAUCAGUAUAGCCCCGUUGAAGAUUUUUGUGCCUGUUAUUUCCCCGCAGGAUAUUAGCUUUGCUUUUAUCACUUGUAGACAUGACCCGAAGUCAUCAGAAAUCUUUCAGCCUCACCCAGCAUAUUGUAUCCGAUUUCGCUUUAUUUUAGCCAGAAAACCACGACCUUGCCCAUAACUGCAGCCGCGCUCGAACACAUAGAGUUUCGGAAAAUUUUGUCCGACGACGCCGGGAGCCAUUGAUUGUGUGCGGGAGCUGCAAGGUAUCCCCUUGUGGUCCUUGAGCAGGUCCGUGGUGGAGUAAAAUCACAUCACGAGGAGCAGCGGCACUGACCUCGUUCCAGAGAAAGAAAACCCGAUGUUGCAACUUCUGCCGGCAACUUACUAACACAGGUGCUUACAUUUUGGAGAAGCAGUAGCACCAUGCCCUGCUGUUCAUGCAGCUUCUCAGCAGAGGCCAAAGUAGAGCAAGCCCCGAGGUAGUAGCAGAUCGUCGUCGUGUCGCUGUUUUUUUUGAUCCUCCACUUGCUGACGACGAGCCCCCUCGUUGAACAGCCAAACAUAAAGUGUCGCGAAGAUGAUAUCCUCAUCUGUGGAAAAUGUUGAAGACUCACUGGUGGUGUGAAGUAGGUUUAAGACGCUGCACUCAACGGAUCAUUCUGACCAACAUUUCGUUUUCGUUCCAGUGAGGACCUCCAACAUUCUUCUCGCACGUUAGAGAUGUAAAACAAGAACGCGACUAAAUUGAAACUGGCGCCACGCAAUAAGGCUGGAAGAAUAAAAUUAAAAAGAUCGAUAGAACUACACUUUCAC